AUACUAAAUAAAUUUCAUCCAUAUGCUUCCAAGCUUUCCCGCCUUGGACUGUUACGCACUUCCGAGAGGCCCGCUCCGAGCUCAAAUGCUUUGCAGCAAGCUCUUGACUUGAUGAUCCAACAGCUAAACUUAGUGGCCGUUUUGGUCGUGUGUUCUGAACGAGUCAACCCAGUCUCAAGAACUUUGUCGCGUUGCCGGCGUGGCGCUGGCAACAUGUGCCGCUGACCUUCGAGGCAUUUGACUAUCAAAUAGCAGCUUAAGCUAGCGCAUGGCCGGCCCGCAGCGAUCGUUGGAGGCAUGCCGUGUGGGAAGGCUGGCAUCGGCCUGAACACCCCGCGUUACCUGCUAGUGCACACUACACCGCGAGCCCUUGCGAGACGCUGACACAUGCAACAACGGCGAGGCUUCAGCGGGCGGGACAGGGAGCCCCCGCCAGGACCGCAUGGGCCGUGGAAUGACCGCGAUAGGCAGGAGCCCGCUUCAACUUCAGGUCGGCCUCCAUGGCCGCCGCAGCAGCACGCAGGUCACAGGGGCGGCACGCCUGACCCCGGCUACCCCCCUGACGGCCCUUACCGGGGUCCGCCGCAGGGCCACCCGCAGGGGCCUCCUCCUCCUGGAUGGGCAGGACCCGACCCUGGCCCCUACGCGCACCACCCAGGCCAGGCCCCUGCAGGCAGGGACGGCCCUCCCGGGCUGCCGCCGCUGCAUGCGCAACAGUACCCGCCGCAGGAGCAGCAGCAGCAGCCAUGGGGCCCUGACGCCCACGCCGCACAACCCCGCCCUGGCGGCCCCGGCGGAUCUGGGCCUGGACCGAGCGAUGGCGCUUAUCCCCCCGGGCACGGGCCGGGCUUUCAUCGAGGUGGCCCCCCGCAGCACCAGCAACAGCAACACCCACAGCACCAGCAGCCUCCGCCAGGCUAUGCUAUGCCGAACGGCGGGCCGCCGCCGGGCGGGCCCUACGGCCAACCGCCGCCGCAGUACGACGGACCAGGCCCUCCGCCGUACCAGCAACAACAGCCGUACGGGCAACCUGGGCCGCCACUGCAACAUCAGCUGCAGUACGAGCACGGCUAUGGUGGCGCCAACGGCCAACCGCCGCCACAGCAGCAGUACGGCAUGCCGCCGCCGGGACCCUACGGCGGCGCCGACGCGCCGCCUCAGCAGCACAUGCCAUACCCUCACCCGCAGCAGCAACCGCCCCAGCAGCAGCAGCAGCCCAAUCACCCGUACCCGCAGCAGGGACCGUGGGCAGGCCCCAACGCUCCGUCGCCGCCAGCGUACGGCGCCGCCGCGCCGCUGGCUGGCCCGGGUGCCGGACCCCCAUCCGCAACCAGGGGCCCCCCAGCCAACGGCACACCUGGCGCCGGUCCUGGGACAGCUCCCGCUGGAUCUGGGCCCGGCCCUGCAUCCGGUUCUGGAUCCGAUCGCGGGGGUCGCCCACGUGCCUCACGCUGGAGUGAGCCCAAGACCGCAGGCGAAGGCGAGGGCGGUACUGGUGGGAAGGCGGGCGCUGGCGCGGCGUCGACGCAGCAGAAGCAGGGCGGCGGCGGUGCUGGUGGCGGCGGCGCUGGCGGUCAGGAGGGCAUUAGCUUUACUAUCGGAAAGGGCGCUGCCGCAGCGGGGCGCGGGAAAGGCGCCGGGCCGGGGCGGGGCGGCGCAGGGGCUGGCCGCGGCAGCGGGACAGCAGGCUCCGCCUCGGCAGGGCCAGAUGCAGCGGCUGCAGACGGCAGGGGCGGGGGCGGGGGCGGCGGCGGGGAUGGGAGCGCUGGAGCGGCCAGGCGAGGGCUUGAUGACCGCCAACAGCAGGACCGGGAAUCGCAACUGCAACUGCAGCAGCAGCAGCAGCAACAACCACCCGGCCCACCCGGUGGGCCCUGGGGAGGCCCGCCCGAAGCGCCACACCAGCACCACCACCAGCAGCACCACCAGCACCACCACCAGGAACAGCAACAGCAUCAGCAACAGUACCCAGGCGCAGGGCAGCCGCCGCCGGGCUUUCCUUCGCACACCGGUGGCGGACCUCCCAGAGGCGCCGGUGGCGGCGGCGGGCCUCCAGGCGGCGGCGGGCCGCAGGAUGGGUAUUACGGCGGGCCACCGCCGCCACACCAGCAGCAGCAGCCACAGCCCGGCUUCACGGCUUACGGUGCGCCCAUGCUGGGGCCGGGCCAGGGGCUAGGGCCAGGAGAGCGCGGGUACCCGCAGGGCGAAUACGGCGGCCCUGGCGGCCACGGUGGCCCUGGCGGCCCUGGUGGCCCUGGUGGUCCAGGUGGCGGCGGUGGUCCGAUGCCGUACGGUCAGCCGCCGCCGGGGCAGGGGCCACCGGGGCACGGGCUCCCAGGGCAGGGGCCGCCGCCGGGGCCCUAUGGCGGCCCGCCGCCGCCUUACCAGGGCGUGGGUGGGCAGAUGCCGCCGGGCCCACAGGGCUGGGAGUCGCAGCAGCAGCAGCAGCAGCCGUGGCAGCAGGGGCCGCCCCCAGGGCAGGGGCCGCCGCCGGGGCAGGGGCAGGGGCAGGGGCCACCGUACGGGUAUCCGCCACAGGGCAGUGUGGAGGUGCAGGGCGGCCCUCCCAUGCAGCAGGGCGUAGGUCAGCCUGGGCCGCACUGGCAGCAGCACCAGCAGCCGCAGCACCAGCAGCCGCAGCACCAGCACUCACCCGGCCAGCCUCCGUUCCAGCCACAGCAGCACCAGCAGCCGCAGCAGCAGCAGCCCAGCCAGCCUUCAUUCCAACAGCAACACCCACACCGACAGCAACAACAACACCCACACCAGCAGCUGGAGCCGCAGGUGCCGCCGCCGCCGCCUUCGUGGCCGCCGCCAGAUGAUGCGGCAGGCCAGCGGCCGUCGGGGCAAGGGCCGCCGCCGCCAGGCCAGCAGGGGUCACAACCGCAGCCGUCGAACGCCAAGCGCAAGACUCGUUGGGACAAGGACGAGGGCGAGGGCCAGGCCGGUGGCAGCGGCGGCGGCGGCAGCAGCGCAGGGCGUAAUCAGUCGCGGCCGCACCAGUCUGAUCCCCACCGUUCACCGCCGCAUCGCUCGCCGCCGCACCGGUCACCUCAGCACCGCUCGCCGCCACACCAAUCGCCACGCGGCCGCGACGGCGACCGUGACCGCGACCGUGACCGUGACCGGGGGCGUGACGACAGGACCGGCCGCGACCACCAACACGACCGGGACCGCCCGGCUGACCGGGGCCGGCAGGGCGGCAAUGCGCCGGCUGGGCAGCAGCAGCAGCAACGACAGAGCGAUGAGCGCAUGCCGAAGCGCUCGCGGUGGGAGCCGUCGCCGCCCGCAGAGUCCGCACCGCCGCCGCCGCCGCCCGGAGGGCCGCCGCCUGCCCAGGCCAUGGGCUCUGUCACGGGCACCGGACCCCAGCAGCAGCAGCAGCAGCACCCCGACGCGCAAAGGCAUCCUGCCAUGCAGCAACAAUCACAGCAGCAGCAGCAACAGCAGCAGCCACCCGGGCAGCCAUGGCAGCAACAGCAACAGCCGCCGGGAUCCUGGCCACCUCAGCCCCAGCAGCAGCAGCCCUACGUGCCGCAGGGCCCGGGGCAGCAGCCCUAUCCCCACCAGCAGCGACAGCCGCCGCCGGGCGCGCAACAGCAGCAGCCGCAGCAGACUUCUUGGGCUGGGCCGCAGGGGCCGCCACCACCCCAACAAGGGCAGCAGGCGCCGCAGGCCGGGCCGCCGCAGCCCGGGCCGCCGCAGUGGCAGCAGCCCCAGCAGCAGCAGCAGCAGCAGCAACAACCAGGCGCGCUCCAGUCGGGGCCGCCGGGCAUGUUCGGGACAGGGGCAAUGCCAUCGCAGCAACAGCAGCAGCAGGGCACACAGGCUGGGGGCAUGCAGUGGUCGGGCGGACCGUCGGCAUCACAGCCGCAGCCGCAGCAGCAGCAGCAACUAUCGCCACAGCAGCAACAGCCGCAGCCGUGGGGCUCUGCAGGGGCGGCUGGCGGGCAGCCGCCCCAGGCGCCGGGCGCGGCAUGGCAACAGGCGCCACAGCAGCCACAACAACAGCAGCCACAACAACAGCAGCCACAACAACAGCAGCCACAACAACAGCAGCCGCAGCAGCAACAGCCGCAGCAGCAACAGCCGCAGCAGCAACAGCAGCAGCAACAGCAGCUGCUUGGACAGGGCGGUUGGUCCGGGCCAGGCGGCUAUCCUGCGUCGUCGGGUGGUCCGCAAGCGCCGCAGCAGCAACCGCAGCAGCAACCACCGCAGCAGCAGUGGCAGCAACAGCAGCAGCAACAAGGGCCGGGCGGUGCCGGUGGCAUCGCGGCGCCUUCUGCGGCUGCCGAAGGCGCCGUUGCAGCCGGCCCCGACGGCGGCCAGCAGCAGCAGCAGCAGCCGCUGCACGCGCUGUUGCAGCAGCCUGACCUGCUGAGCAGCACUCUGGCGGCCCUGCAGCAGCACUUCAACCAGCAGAAGCAACAACAACAACAACAACAACAACAGGCUGUCGGGGCAGCACCCGCCGCACCCGUCGCACCCGCUACUGCCUUGCCACUUGCUGCAGCCCCUGUCGCCAAGCCCGCACCGGCCCAACCACCGCCACCCGCACCCGUGGCACCCGCACCCGCGGCGCCUGUCGCCGCGGCCGCGCCUGCCCCGAUGAACACCCCCACACCCACCACGGCGGCGGCGGCGGGCGCGCAGCCGCUGAUGACGCUGGGCACCAUCACGCUGCCGCCCAACGUGGACCCCACCAAGCUCUCCACUGCAGACCUGUUGGCGCUGCUGAUGCAGCAGCACGGCGGCGGCCUGGGCGGCGGCGGCGGCGGCGGCGGCCUGGGUGGUGCAGCCGCUCCUGCUGCUGCCGCUGCUGGUGUUGGUGGUGGUGGUGGUGUGGGGGCGGGCGCGGGUGCUGGUGCGGCGGGUGCGUCAGCCAGCAGCACACCGCAGCUUGGACAGGUGCUGGCGGCGCUUGCCAAGCAGCAGCAGCCGCAGCAGCUCCAGCCGGCCCAGCAGCCGCAGCAGCCGCAGCAGCCGCAGCAGCAACAGCUGGGCUACAGCUCAGCGGCGGCAAGCGCACCCGGCGGCAUGGGGCCAAUGGGAGGCUACAUGCCAGCUGGUGCUACUGCCGGCGGUGUCGGGAGCUCGGGCGCUGCCACUGCGUCGGGCCAACCGCUGGUCAGCCCGGACGCGGCUGCUGCUGCCGCCGCCGCCGCAGUGGCAGCUGCCGCGGGAGCCCUCAACAGCGUUGCCUCGCGUGCGGCUGUCGCCGCGCCGGGCGCCGCGCCUGCUACAGCCUCUGCAAUGGGUGGCAUAGCGCCCGCUGCUGCACCUGCGCCGGCCCCUGCUGGCCCCGUGCCCUAUGGCGUGCAACAGCUGCAACAGCCACAGCAGCAGCAGCAAGCCUACGGUGGCGCCCAGCAGCCCUGGGGAUACCAGUACCCGCCGCAGCAGCAGCAUGGCGGCUAUCACCCGGCGGCACCGCAACCACAUGUGCAGCAGCUGCCACCCCAGCAGCAGCAGCAGCAGUACGCACCGCAACGGCAGCAGCAGCAGUACAUGCCGUACGGGCAGCCGUACGGCGGCCCGCAGGCGCAGCCGUACACGGCACCGCCUGCCGGGGCCUCGGCAGUAGCAGGGCCCGGGGGCGCUACCCCUCCUGCUCCUGCUCCUGCUGCAGCCAGCGGGCGGGGUGGUCCGGCAGCCGGGGGUCAGUCGUAUCCGACGCCACACGACCCGCGUCGUCGGGGCUAAUGGACGGUGCCCGUGACGUGCGUCCACGGCCGUGUAAGCGGAUGGUAGCCGAGGUCGAUGUGGCUGGCGUAACGAAAGCACAGGGGGCAAGGAUUGACGUCUCACGGCUGGUGCGUGUGCGUGUGAUGCAUCUGUCCAGCGGCCGAUGUGGAGCAAGUGGAUGGCAGGGGGCGCGUGCGGCAGGCGGGGGCGGACAGGGGGCAUUGGUGAGGCCCAAACGGUUGCAGUUAGGGUGAUGGGUGUUGGGAUUGGGUUGGCGCUACAAUGAUGGCACACGCGCCACGGACUUGUUAAUCGAUUGGGAGAUGGAGAAGCCCAGUGUGGGGCGUUACUGAUAGGAGGGGCCCUCGGCUGGUCCACUUGACUCCUGAUGAGGGGUGAAGCUGUGUGAGCGUACGAGGCGCGAAGCGGGAAACCCCCAGGGCUGCACCACCGCCCGGACGCUGUCUUGCUUGGGACUUGACCAGUCGAGGCGGUGAGCGAGAUCUUGGGCGACGUGGUGGGGGGGGGGGUGCACGCAUGCACACAUGCACCUUUGAUGAACGGUGGGCGUUGGGUCCCGGACUGGAGCCGGAUGGUGCUGACAGGGCCGCACGGCACGGCCGCACGGUAUUGUCUGGUUCUAGACUUCUAAGAACUUGACACCGUGCUCUUGAGUUGACUGGGAUUGACAGAUUGACAUGGAGGAUGAGGGACUGAGAUCACUGAAUUGGUGCGUUGCAUUCCACGGCCCCAUUUCAGGUGCCAGCGUGUCGUGAAGAUGAUUCAAGCCGCUCGCCCCGCCCGCCCCUACCUCCUGGCACUCAACUACGCCAGCCCACAUCCUUGGCGCCGGCGAUUACAUUCCUUCAUUCCUAUCCGAUACCCAAUAUUAAGCAAGCCCUUGAGCAAGCCCGACCCCUACUCGUUGACUCGGGCACGCACCGUAACCCGCCUGAACACGCGGGGUAGCUAUCAGCCCAAACACAUGCCACAGCUGCGGAACUCGCCCACGCCCUGCACGCAGUGCCCCCUGCUUAUUCACCAGCAAGGCAAACUAUAUCUAACCGCGCGCGUUUCGCCGCAGUGCUGUCCGAAAGUAAGAAUUGACAUUACCGGCGGAGCUACCGUACAUACAGUACUUGCGACAUCAUGCAAGGUUGACAACUCAUCACGCACACACACGAAGUACUACGCGUCUUUGCCCCGUAUACAAUUGUACUACCUGAACUGCUGAACACCAAGUCCCUCCAGUAUCAUAUGCCUGCUGUGCUCUCAGUUGUGUUCGUGUCGUGUUGAGUUAGCGUCAUCAGUGACGACAUCGGCCCCGUCAGAGAGAGCCUAGCAAGUCCUACCUGUCACUGGCUCGUGAACUGCGUCAGCAGGUCCCUCUUGUAACCAAUGCAAUCU